ACCAUUCGCGAGCAAGCAUUUACAUUAAAUAUUUCUCAAAAUAGUUUAGUCGUGUCUGCAGCGCCAGUGCGGACACACUUGUCUAGUUUCUUGCGGUGAACUCGUAACUUCGGCGAUCGCCACUCUUGUCGUAUAUUGUUCGAACAAAUAGUGAGAUUCGUGUUAUGAAGGGUUAGCUGAUAAGUGUAUGUAGAAGAAAGAUUUAGUCUCAGACAUUGCAGCAUGCAGUCCACAAAGGCCGACGAAUUGCCGGAAAAUCCGCGCGUUCGCGCUAAUCCGUUAUCCGCACUUUUGUUAUGCUUUACUAUACCAAUAUUUUUGAAAGGACGUAAAAAAACUAUUGGCGAAAGAGAUCUAUAUAAAGCACUAGAAGAACACAAAUCAGAAACGCUCGGUAUUAAAUUAAAUGCUGCUUGGGAAGAGGAGGUUGAGAAGAAGCGUCUCAAAAACAAAGAACCCAACUUGCUUUCAGCUGUCAUACGUGUAUUUGGAUUGAAACUUUUAGCUUUAGGAUUAUUAUUUUUUUCAUUGGAAAUUGGACUUCGCGUCACACAGCCACUGUUUCUCGGUGGUUUAGUCAAUUACUAUGCGAAUCCCACGAAUAAAGAUGAUAAAUACACCGCAUAUAUCUACGCCAUGGGUGUGAUACUCUGUAAUGCCUUACAUGUUCUCUUAUUGCAUCCCUAUAUGUUGGGCAUGGAACACACUGGCAUGAAGAUGCGUCUCGCCAUGUGCAAUCUGAUUUACAGGAAGGCGCUGCGUCUGAAUAGAACUGCGCUAGGCGGUACCACCACGGGUCACGUAGUCAACCUGAUAUCUAACGAUGUCGGUCGCUUCGACACGUCCCUCAUGCACUUACACGUGUUAUGGGUGGGACCCUUAGAGACUGCCGUUGUAGCCGUGCUGAUGUACAGAGAGAUCGGCGUCGCUUCGCUUUUCGGUGUCGCAGCUAUGUUGUUAUUCAUACCGCUGCAAACCUUUCUCGGCAAAAUGACGUCGAAGUUACGUAUGCGCACAGCAUUGCAUACCGAUGAGCGUGUGCGCAUGAUGAACGAGAUUGUAUCGGGCAUACAGGUGAUCAAAAUGUAUGCGUGGGAGAAACCCUUCGGCAAAAUGAUACAGUUUGUACGUCGUAAGGAAAUGAGAGCCGUACGUAACGUCAACUACAUACGAGGUAUUUUGCAAUCGUUUACUUUGUAUAUGACGCGUGGUUGCAUUUUCGUCAGCCUGGUGGGCUACGUGCUCUUGGGAAAUUUUCUCACUGCCGAAAAAGCCUUCGUUAUCACUGCCUUUUAUAUCAGCGUGCGCAAUACAAUGGUUGUUAUGUUUCCAAUGGGAAUUCAACAAAUCUCAGAUUUGCGUGUGUCUAUAAAGCGUAUAAAAAAUUAUUUAUUAUACGAGGAAAUUGGCAAUAACUCGAGAAUUUCGGAAAAUGGUUGUAAUAAAACUAAGAAAACAGAAACAGAAGAAGCUGGAAUUGAAAUAAAUGAUGUGAAAGCUAAAUGGGAUCCCACAGCCGUCGAGUAUACGCUGAAUAAAGUCAACUUGAAUGUGAAGCCUCGUACACUAGUGGCGGUCAUUGGACCGGUGGGUUCCGGAAAGUCAAGUUUAAUACAAGCCAUUCUUGGUGAACUCCCAGCUGAAUCGGGUUCCAUUACCGUACACGGCACCUACUCGUAUGCCUCUCAGGAACCGUGGUUGUUCACUGGCACCAUCCGACAGAACAUACUUUUCGGUUUACCAAUGGACAGACAUCGUUAUCGCACUGUGGUGAAAAAGUGCGCGUUGGAACGCGAUUUCGAGUUACUGCCUCAUGGCGACAAAACGAUAGUGGGUGAACGCGGCGCCUCGCUUUCCGGUGGGCAAAAGGCUCGCAUUAGUUUAGCGCGCGCAGUCUACCGCAAAGCCGACGUUUACUUGUUAGAUGAUCCGCUAAGCGCUGUGGACGCACACGUCGGUCGCCAUCUCUUCGACCAGUGUAUGCGUGGUUUCCUACGAGAUGAAAUUGUCCUGUUAGUUACGCAUCAGUUGCAAUUCUUGGAGCACGCUGACCUCAUUGUUAUAAUGGAUAAGGGCAAAAUCAGUGCUGUGGGCACCUAUGAGUCGAUGCGUAGUAGUGGUUUGGAUUUUGCGAAUUUACUGACAGCACCAGAAGAGAGUAGUAAGCAUGAUGAUGACAGUGAUGCGGAAGUGAAGGGCAAGUUAUCUCAAAUUAUUAUGAAUCGACAUAAUAGCACUGUGUCUAUGAAUUCAAUGCACGAGUCGAUAGCAGAUUCGUUGAACGAUGAAGAAGUUGACUCGCUACUACAAGUGCAGGGGAAGCGUGAGAUAAAUUCAGAGGAAGCGUCGAUUGCAGACGAUGAAGCAGCUGACACGCCACAGCAAGUACAGGAGAAGCGCGAGAUGGGCAAAAUCGGUUGGGGACUAUAUAAAAAGUAUUUCGGCGCCAGUGGCGGGUAUAUGCUUUUCUUUAUAACAGCGUUAUUGUGUGUAGGUGCCCAGAUAUUGGCGUCUACUGGCGACAUCUACGUCUCUCUUUGGGUUAAUAAAAAUGAGCAACAACUAGUUAGUCAAGCGCGUGAAUUCGAUGUAAAUGUUACUACUAAUGGCACGGAUGCGCGCGAUACCAGACUAAAUAUUAAUAGUGAUCCAAAGGAUAUUUAUAUAUUCUUUAGCAUUAUUUUGGCCAUUAUCGUGGUUGCGGUCGGACGGAGUUUGCUCUUCAAUACCAUGACGAUGCUUUCCUCAACGGAGCUGCACAAUGCAAUGUACCGUGGCAUCACACGUGCGGCAAUGUACUUCUUCCAUACAAACCCCUCUGGUCGCAUACUAAAUCGUUUCGCUAAGGAUUUGGGGCAAGUCGAUGAGUUGCUGCCAUGGAUGAUGAUGAACGUCAUACAGAAUUUCUUGAACUUGUGUGGUAUUGUCAUUGUAAUUACCAUUGUGAAUCCAAUGAAUCUCCUGGUGACGGCUGUACUGGUGUUUAUUUUCUAUUUAAUACGGUCAUAUUAUUUAACCACGUCGCGUGAUGUGAAACGUCUUGAAGCAGUUACACGUUCGCCAAUAUAUUCACACUUGAGCGCCUCCCUAAACGGUCUACCGACGAUACGCGCUUACAAUGCUGAGCAGAUGUUGAUAAAUGAAUUUGAUAAUUACCAGGAUUUGCACAGUUCCGGCUAUUAUAUGCUUUUGAUAACAAAUCGGGCUUUUGGUUAUUGGCUUGACUGUUUCUGUGCACUCUACUUAACUGUUACUACUUUGAGCUUUUUAGUUUUCUCACCUGACAAUGGAGGCGAUGUCGGCUUGGCAGUGACUCAAGCCAUGGGUUUAACGGGUAUGGUGCAGUGGGGUAUGCGACAGUCUGCAGAUCUCGAGAAUAACAUGACGAGUGUAGAACGUUUGAUAGAGUAUGAAGAAAUUGAACCUGAAGGUGAACUAGAAAGUAAACCCAACAAAAAACCACCGAAAACAUGGCCCGAACAGGGUAAAAUAGUAUUUGAUGAGCUUAGUCUACGCUAUUUUCCCGACCCAAAAUCGGAUCGUGUAUUGAAAUCUUUAAACUUCGAAAUACAACCCUCCGAGAAGGUGGGUAUUGUAGGACGCACAGGUGCAGGUAAAUCUUCGCUCAUCAAUGCACUCUUUCGACUGUCAUACAAUGAAGGUUCCAUCAAUAUUGACACAAGAAAUAUUGAGGAGUUGGGCUUGCAUGAUUUGCGCAGCAAAAUCUCAAUUAUACCACAAGAACCGGUGCUCUUCUCGGGCACAAUGCGUUACAAUUUGGAUCCCUUCGACGAAUACUCCGAUGCCAAGUUAUGGGGUGUGCUUGAAGAAGUGGAACUGAAGAAUGUUGUAGCCGAACUGCAGAGUGGUUUACAGACUAAAAUAUCUGAGGGUGGUAGCAAUUUCAGUGUCGGGCAACGGCAGUUGGUUUGUCUGGCACGUGCUAUACUGCGUGAAAAUAAAAUUCUUGUGCUGGACGAGGCAACGGCAAAUGUGGAUCCACAGACUGAUGCACUCAUACAAUUGACAAUACGAAGUAAAUUCAAACAUUGCACGGUGCUCACAAUUGCUCAUCGUUUGCACACUGUAAUGGACUCGGAUAAGGUGCUGGUAAUGGACGCUGGACGAGCGGUGGAGUUCGCGUCUCCAUUUGAGUUGUUGACUGAAAGCAAAACAAAGAUAUUUUAUGACAUGGUCAAACAGGCGGGUAAUAACACUUUCGACAAUUUACUGGCUGUGGCACAAAAGUUUUUCUAUUUCAAUUUAUUUCCUUUUACAGGCGCAUGAGGAGAAUUUGCGCGCGAAAAAGGAUUCUUGACAUUUCCCCAUACCGAAAGUAUUCAAAUUAGUAUUUACUUAAGAUUUUAGAGCCGAUAUCAGAUAUCCUGCUAAUUCGCGUAUACAAUAAACUCUCACCGGUGCGACGCAUCACAAAUUUCUUGGAUAGCAGGACCCGAACAAUGGGGGUUUAAAUGGGAACGAAACACGUAGAUUAUCAUAUCGGGGAUUAUUUUUAUAUAGUACCUAAUGUACACGUGGUGUGGUGGUAAAUAAUUGUAUAGAAAAGUAAUUAAGACGCUUGUAUGCGAGUAUUUAGAUGUGUGUGAGUUCAACGAGACAACAUGUAUAUACAUAUCUAUACGAAUGCUAAUAUUAUAUGCUAGCCAUUGCAAGCAGAAAAUUUA